AUGGGUAAACAAAAAACCAAACAAGAUGAAGACAUAUGUCUUGAAGAUAAUCCUAAUAACCCCACGUUUGAAACAGAGAAAUCACCUAAAACACCGAAAAUAGGUGCACGUAAGCACCAUGAUGAAGCCAAACCUGUCAGUCACAAUGACCACAACACAUCUCUGUCAUCUAAUAAAAUUAAACCAAAAGGUGAAACAGUUAUUGUAAAAGAGUCUAAAAAAGAUAAAAAGCUUAAACGAAAGCGCAGUUCUAAUGCUCGGAGCGAUAAUGCUAUUCUUGAUAGUACUGAGUUCAGUUCUGAGAUGAGAAAGGAAAGUGUGUCAGAAUUACCGUUAAAAAAGAGAAAGCAUAAUUCUACGUCUAGUGGUCAAAACGAAUGCGAUUUAAGUAAUGAAAUUACUUGCCAUGGGGUUGUUACACCUAGGCUCAAAACAAAUAACGAAGCCUCUUCGGAACAUAAAACACAAAACCACUGUUCUGUGUUGAAUGUUCAUCCUAAAAGCACCUCUGGUGACCAGAAAGCAUUGGAGAGAUAUAAGGGGGUCGAACUCAGGAAAAAUGAGGCUGUAAAUAAAUCAAAAGGAAGGAAAAGAAGAAAGGACGUUUCCUCGUUAGGAAUUCAAAGUCAAAGUAUUUCUUCUAACCAAACGGUAUCUAACACAUCUAAUAAAAGCAAGUUACCAGACGGUAUAACAGUAUCAUAUAACUCGUCGAAACCCAAAAGGUGCAAACAGAAUGCUCCACACAAGAUUGAAAAAGGAAAAUGGUAUCAUGAAUCUGAACUUUCUAAUGACGAAGAAUAUUUCACGAGUGAUGAAAGUUCUAUUGAAGUAGAUAACCCACAAAGUAGAAGCCUUCAACGUCAACAUAGACGACUGUUAAAUGAAUGUUUAUCAAGAACCAUAUUCGUUGGCAAUUUACCACUGAAUAUUACCAAAAAAAGAAUGGAAGCUCUAUUUAAUAAUGUACUGAAAAAUAACAACAUUUCAUCUUCAGAUUGCCGUGUUGAAUCCGUCAGAUUUCGUGGUGUUAUUCCAGUUACUGGUGGUACUAGUAGAUUAGCACGAAAACGUGCAGCUAUCACGGGUGAAUCUUCAGGUGUUUCUAAAUUUCGUAUGGGUUAUGUUGUUCUAACAACAAAGAUCGGUAUACCAAUUGUACUUUCCUUAAAUGGAUGCUGUUUGAAUUCGGAUGGUUUUAUUGUGAAUCCGGAAGAAUCAAUUAAUGUUAUUGGUGAUAAGACUGAAUCUACCAAUAAUGGUAAUAGUAAUAAUAAUACUAAUGACGUAUAUCAUAUUCGAGUUGACAAAGCAACUGAUAAUAAUGAUAAAACACAUUGUACACUAGAUAAUUGUGUUUUUGUGGGCAAUCUACCAUUCGAUUGUAAUGAAGAAGAGAUUUACAGCACUUUGUCUACAUUAGGAUCAAUAAAAAGUGUCCGUCUAAUACGUGAUUCUCAAACUGGUGCUGUACGUGGAUUCGGUUAUGUAGGAUACAACGACCCAUCGAUUAUACCAUUAGCUAUACGUUCAUCUAAUACAUUGAGUAUACGUGGGAGACAAAUAAGAAUUAUGGAGUAUAAAGUGAAGAAAACUAAAAAUAAAGAAGGCCCUCAACAGAUUAAAUUUCAUCGUCAUCGUCACGAUAAAAAUAAUAAAAUAUUCAAUACUGAUCCGAAGAAAAAGGGUAAACGAGAAAAAAAGGCGAUAAAGAGGGAAAAGAUGAAGGGACAACAACCAGUCAAAUUAACUCAUAGUAACACUGAUGAUGGCAAUAAUAAAAAGAUGUCAGAAAAUAAUGAAGUGCUUUUUAAGAAAAAAAUACACAAAAAGAAGAAAAAGUUGAAUAAUAUGCACAAAAAAUAAACUGGUUAGAAACUGAGAAAUUAAUAAUGUAAAUGUGUAUAUGUAUAUUUUAAAUAUAAUUUAUACCAUAAUUUAUAUCAUGUACAUAAUGUAACGAUGCAUAUUGCAUUAAAUAAAUAACUGAUUGUAAUUAGACUUUGUAUUUGCUAGUAUAUUUGGAUUUAGA